ACCAUGAAACCCGGCGUACAAACUAUGCGGCCACGGAGGUGCAAGCGUAUCAAAUAACUACCCGCAAACUAAGAAUUUUUCAUACACCUACCCUCAUUUACUUCCUAGUUUACCUAGCGGCUCUCUUUAAAGUAUAGCCUCAGACUAGCCAAGCUCAACAGACAUUUGAACAAGGUUUGCUCGUCCACAACUGCUAAAAGUUACUACCGUUGAUUUAAAGAAGAAUUUACUCUCAACACAGCACAGAAUGGCUUCAGAUUCCGACGUGGAGAUGCAAUCGGCGUUGCCGAAGAAGUCUACCAAGAAAACACCCAAAAGUCCAUCAGAGGACAUGUUGAAAAAGGACAACGAAGCAAAGAAAAUGACAACAAAAGACAUGAUACGCAACGCUCUCACCGAACUGAAGUCCAGAAAAGGCGUGUCCUUGUACGCAAUCAAGAAAUACGUGACGGAGAAAUACGAUGUGAACCCGGAAAAGAUUAACAAUUACAUUAAGAAAUCUAUCAAGACCGAAAUCGAGAAGGGAUCGAUAAUUCAAACUAAAGGUAUUGGCGCUUCUGGCUCAUUCAAACUGGCACCAAAGACGAAACCAGCUGAAAACCCUACCAAGAAAAAGGUGGCAAAGAAAUCGACAAAAGACAAGAAGACUGCCAAACCGAAAGACUCCAAAGACGGAGAAGAAAAACCAAAAGCUAAGAAAGCCAAAAUAUCUGCGAAACCUGACAAAACAGAAGCGAAGCCUUCUAAACCAGUCGAUAAUAAAAAGGAAAAGAAAAUAACUACCAAAGGCGAAAAACCAAAACCCGAAGCCGUAAAAAAGUCUGCGAAAAACAUGGCGAAGCAAACUCCCGCCAAAAAACGCGCCGCCAUGAUGAAACGUAAAAGUAUUGGAUCAAUAAUAAAACCGCCGAAAAUGAAACCCAAAGCGCGCUAAAUAAAAUACCAAUUAAUCGAGAUUAAAAUGUGAAAUAUUAUUUUAACAUCAUGUGAUUGUAUAUUAUAUUUAUAAUUGUAAAAGGACUUGUAAAUUAAAG